AUCUCAAAUUGACUUUGAUAUCACACGUGAACAAUGCGAGAAUUUAACUCUAUCAGCUGAAAUUAUCAUAAGAUGUCUUGCAACAUAUGCACUACGAAACAGAAAUUAUCAUUUAUGGAUCGAGGGUAAACGUCAUGGCGAAUCAAACAACUGAUUACCAUGAAGACAUUUACCAAUGGAACCGUACGGUAUCGACGGACGAAGGAGAUACGGAGACUGAACAUUACCUGCCCAAUUGGACCGAUCUUAUUCUAGCAGGAUUGUUCACGAUGUUAAUUAUUGUUACAAUAGUUGGCAAUACUCUAGUGAUUGCGGCUGUAAUUACCACGAGGAGAUUACGAUCUGUGACUAAUUGUUUUGUGUCUAGCUUGGCUGCUGCGGAUUUGCUAGUCGGUCUAGCGGUUAUGCCACCGGCUGUCCUGUUACAGCUUACAGGAGGGACUUGGGAGUUGGGCGAAAUACUGUGCGAUUUCUGGGUUUCCCUUGAUAUUCUACUCUGCACAGCCAGCAUUCUCUCGUUAUGCGCCAUUUCUAUAGACAGAUAUCUAGCCGUAACUCAGCCGCUGAUAUACAGCCGUCGACGUAGAAGCAAACGUCUGGCUGGAUUGAUGAUUGUCGCGGUAUGGAUUAUGGCCGGCGCAAUAACGAGUCCGCCUUUACUGGGUUGUUUCCCACGUGCGACAAAUCGAGACAUCAAAAAGUGCUCCUACAAUAUGGAUUCCUCCUAUGUAAUAUUCUCGGCGAUGGGCAGCUUCUUCCUGCCUAUGUUAGUAAUGCUGUACGUAUACGGCAGAAUUUCAUGCGUCAUAGCAAGCAGACAUAGAAAUCUGGAAAAAACCAAUGAGGGAGAGAAUAUCCGAUCACGUCAUAAAAUCACGAUUGAUCGUGGCAGAAGCAUCAAGACACAACGUACGGAUUAUAUCGAGAGCGGUAUGACAUGUGACAGGCCAUCCGAGGAUACCGAACUAACAAAUAUGUGCAAAAAGUUGAGUACAAUUCGAGGUAAUCAGCAAAGCUGCAUUAACAGGGUCGCUAGGGAGACGAAAACUGCGGGUACCCUGGCGGUGGUUGUAGGUGGUUUCAUCGCAUGCUGGUUGCCGUUUUUCAUUCUGUAUCUGGUAACACCCUUCGUGCCCGUACAACCGCCGGAUGUUCUCAUGCCAGCCUUGACAUGGCUAGGAUGGAUUAAUUCAGCUAUCAAUCCGUUUAUUUACGCUUUCUAUUCGGCAGACUUCAGACUUGCCUUCUGGCGACUAACAUGUAGGAAAUGUUCGAAGAGUAGACUAAACUUGGAUGGCACAAAUCGGAAAUUACCCGCUUCGGUUAACUGGAAGAAAGAUACGUCGAGGACGUGAAGUUCCUCACAAAGUUUCGAACUUAUUCAAUUAUGUGGUGUCCGGUAUUAGAAUGACUGUGAUUGAGUCAAGUUCGUAAUUGCGGUCUAUUAAUAAUGAAUGACACGUAUGAGAACUAUGUAUGUAUGUUCUUAGUAUAAACUUA